AUGAACGGUAAACAGAAAAAGUCUUAUUCUCAUGCCUGGGUACUAUAUAAUCACCCGUAUCAAUCCAAUUUAUUUGCCACUGGAGAUAAGACGAAGCAGGACUCUUGGAAUAAUCGCAGGCAAAUAAUCUACCAUGAGAGUAUUCAUAGUGAUAUUUUUUUGUAUUAUUACGACAUGCACAUGUACGCAAAACGAUUUUCCAUUCCGGGGACAGAGAGAUACCGAAUUCGACUUGCAGUUAACCAAACAUUUGCUCGCAUCUCAAACGACCAACACAGUGAUAUCGCCACUGACGGUGAAAAUUUUGCUAGUUCUACUGUACGAAGCCACCGGAGAUGCUGCCCGGUUUUCAGGAAUACAAACCAAGUGGGAAUUGAGAACUGUUCUGGAAUACAACGGUGAUCUGAAUGCAACUCGUAGCAAGUAUCGCCAAUGGUUGAAUUCAGCGCUGUCAACCCACAACGACUACAAUCUGCAGAUUGCCACAAAGUUCUUCGUCGAGGACUACAUUGACGUCAUCUACAAGUAUCGAAUCAUUUCAGACCAUUACUACAACGCCACGGUUGACAGAAUUCCUUUCUCCCAACCGAAAAAUGCCGCACAACUGAUUAAUAACUGGGUGAACAAAACAACGGACGGACGCAUUUCGGAACUCGUUAAUCCUGAUGAAUUGGAAGGAGCGAUUAUCACAUUGAUCAACGCCGUAUGUUUCAAAGGACUGUGGACUUACCCAUUCCCAGAAUUUACUACAAUAUUGACCUUCUAUGGCAAGCAGAAGCAAGUGCAAGCUUCAUUCAUGGAACAAAAUGGACCAUUCUACUAUGAUGAUUCAGAUACACUGGGUGCACAGCUAUUACGAAUGCCAUUUCAGGGAGGCAAAUUCGCAAUGUAUUUUAUCCUACCCCACCAAGGAAAGACUGUUGAUGAUGUUCUGGAGAAAAUCACUCCUGCAGCCCUCCACCUGGCACUUUGGUACAUGGAUGAAACAGAACUGAACGUUACCAUUCCAAAGUUUAAAUUUGACUUCACCGAAGAACUGAACCAACCACUGAAGGAUAUCGGGAUUCGUAAAAUUUUCUCCCAAAGCGCCUUCCUGCGCGUUCUGACACACGCAAUAGAUGCUCGAAGUGAAAAUCUAGUUCCACGAGUGAUUCAAAAAACUGGAAUCAACAUCAAUCACCUGGGAAGUGGUGUCCAUGGAGCUGCGGAAGCCCAUCGAGUCAACAAAAUCGUUGGAGACGAAACGCAAAUUUUCACCGCCAAUCGGCCAUUCUUGUUCUUUAUCGAAGAUGAGGACUUUGGUACGCUGCUGAUAGCUGGCAGGGUUGAAGAUCCAACCAAAUGAAGCGGGUCUGUGAUAUGGAGUUGAAGCACAUUGAGCAGAUCUAAAGGAUUUUCAGUAGCAAAAUAAAUAGAAACAAAUUGAUGGCAAGAUGGACGAUUAGAACAAAGAUUAAAACAGGUUAUGUGUU